AUGCGCCAGCAUCGGCCACUUCACCACCUCCCCCACCGCCUGCCGCCCGUGCGCCGCCCACAGCUGCCGCCCGGCCUGCGCCGCCCCCUGUGCUGCUGGUCCCAUGCUGAAACGGAGGGCAAGGAAGAAUCACGGGGGUUAUGCAGCGUACGCUCCCCCGCCCCCUUCCCCGCUCCCAACCCCGCUCCCUCCCCCGCUCCCUCCCCCGCUCCCUCCCCCACUCCAUCCCCCGCUCCCUCUCCCGCUCCCUCCCCGCUCUCUCCCCCGUUCCCACCCCCGUUCCCUCCCCCGCUCCCUCUCUCCCUCCCUCCCCCCCUCCUUUUUCCCCCCCUCUGA